GGUGAUGACAAGAGGAUAAAUCUCCCUCCAACCCUCACAGCUCGUAAAGGAGCUCAAAAUGACCAGUCAGUCUCAGGGGGUCCAGCAGCUCCUGCAAGCAGAGAAGCGGGCCAAAGACAAACUGGAAGAAGCCAAAAAGCGAAAGGGCAAGAGGCUAAAGCAGGCCAAAGAAGAAGCCACGGCCGAAAUAGACCUCUAUCGGAUGCAGCGAGAGAAGGAGUUCCGGCUCAAACAGUCUUCCAUAAUGGGCUCCCAAAGUGACCUGUCCAUGAAAAUAGAAGAGCAGACUGUUGGGAAGAUCCAUGACCUCAUGGGUAACUACAACAAGUGCAUGGAAGCCGUGAUGAUGCAGCUUCUGAACAUGGUGUGUGACAUCAAACCAGAAAUCCAUACAAACUACCGAGCUGAUGCUUAGUGCUGCCCUGAGGGAUCAACUGAUGAGCUUUCAGUGUCUCUGACUGCUGGGCGCCAAGGCAGGGAAGGAGCCUCUGAAGAUUCAGAAUCCUAAACUCAAACCCGGCAUGGAAAUGAGGGCUUUAAAUCCCCACAAGGGCUUUAGUGAAAGGGGAUUGGCUGCUUUUUUUGUUACCCCUGAAAGACUAGGACCCCAUCCUUGCAAAUGGCAAGUCCACCCUGGAAAGAAACAGAUUAAUUAAUACUUCAUAUUAAACUCUAACU